GAUGAUGUUGUGACUGAUCUGAGAAGAGAAAUGGAAGCUCUAAAUAGGCGAAAAGAGGAUAUAAAUUCAAGUGCACAAUCUGAGGCUCUUUGGGGGAAAGAAGUAAAACAUGAAGUUCAGGGCUGGCUUAAGCGUGUACAAGAAAUCAAUGAUGAAGUGCAAGCCAUUCAAGAAAAGAUUGAGAGAGUUAAGUGGUAUUCACGGGGUCAUCUAGGAAAACUUGUUUGCAAGAAAAUUGAGGUGGUGAAAAAAUUCCGCGAACAAGGUAGUUUUCCUGAUGGUCUCGUAAUUGAUAAACUUCCAAGCCGGGGUAUCAUCAUGUCAAUUGAUAAUGUAGUGGGUGAAGAUUCUGUAAAAGAAAAAAUUUGGGGAUAUUUGGUGGGCAAUGAAGUUAGAAAGAUUGGAGUUUGUGGGAUUGGUGGGGUUGGAAAGACUACUAUUAUGAAGCAUAUCAAUAAUGAAUUGGUGAGGGAGGCUAAGUUUGAUAAAGUGAUUUGGGUCACUGUAUCUUACCCACUCAAUGUAAUCAAAUUACAAGAAAACAUCGCUCGUGCUAUUGCUGGGGAUGAUAGGCAGAGACUCCCAGAAGGUGAGGAUAAAGAGAGGCGGGCAGCUAAAUUAAUGAGCGUUAUGGGAAACAUAAGUCACGUGCUGAUAUUAGAUGAUGUUUGGGAAAAAUUUUCUCUGAGUGAAGUGGGAAUACCAGAACCAACAAUUCAAAGUCGAAGCAAAAUAGUUAUCACUAGUAGAUCAGUUGAUGUAUGCCAAAAAAUGGGCUGUGAGAUAGUUAAAGUGGAACCUCUUUCUUUUCAAGAGUCUCUUAACUUAUUCUCAGAUAAAGUUGGGGCUCAUCUUCUACAAGUUCCAAAUUUAGAAGGAAUCUUGAAGCUCAUUGUGAAGGAGUGUGGUGGCUUACCAUUAGCCAUUGUUGUGAUAGCAGAGAGUAUGAGGGGAGAAGAUGAUGUUAAUGUGUGGAAUAAUGCUCUGACUGAAUUACGAGGACGGGUAAAGAGUGUGGAUGGUUCAGAUGAAAAGAUAUUUGAGAGGUUAACAUUUAGUUAUGAUCGUUUAAAUAGUUUUGAAAUUCAAAAUUGUUUUCUUUAUUGCUCCUUGUUUCCCGAAGAUUAUCCAUUUUUGAGAGAAGAGUUGAUAGAAGGGUGGAUUGAUGAAGGACUAAUUGAUGGGUUGCCUAGUAGAAAAGCGGCUUAUGAGAGGGGCCACGCUUUUUUAAAUAGGCUAGUAAAGAAUUGCUUGUUAGAGAAAAAUGUUGAUUCGCUUCGUGAAGUGUUAAAGACGCAUGAUGUUGUGAGAGCCACUGUUCAACGUAUUGACAUUUUUAAGAUGCAUGAUGUAGUAAGAGACAUGGCUAUCAAAAGCAUUGGUCCUAGAUUGGGAUAUAUGGUAAAAGCUGGUAUGAAAUUGAUAGAGGUACCGGAUGAGCGUGGGUGGGGAAAAGAUCUUCAGAAGGUGUCUCUAAUGGCAAAUCACAUAUCAAAAAUUCCCCUUGGGUUGUCCCCAAAGUGUCCAACUCUUUCAACUUUAAUAUUCUCAGAUAAUCAUAAUUUGUCAAAGAUCACAGAAUCCUUUUUUAAAGGGAUGCCUGAACUAAAGGUCCUUGAUCUUUCUAGAACUUCUAUUCAAGCUUUACCUAAUUCAAUCUCAAACUUGGAGAGUCUCUCUUCCCUGAGGUUAAGAAGUUGUCGGAAGUUAAUGUAUUUGCCUUCUUUAGAGAAGCUUAGGACAUUGAAGAAGUUAGAUCUGCAUCGUACAAGUAUUAUGGUGGUCCCUCAAGGCAUGGAAAAGUUGAUUAGUCUGGAAUAUCUUGAUUUAACUGAUUGUAAAAAUCUAGAAGAGAUUCCAGUGGGAGUGUUAUCAAACCUUCCCAAUCUCCAAUACUUGUUAGUUUAUGGAGAAUUGAAGAUAAAAGUAGAAGAGGUUGCAAUAUUGAACAAGUUGGAGACUUUUGAAGGUGUAUUUGAUGAGAUACAAGGCUUUUAUUAUUUUGUCAAGUCUCAAGAUUUUCAAAUUCUUACUGACUACAGAAUUGUAAUAGGAGCACAGCUCGAUCGUUCAACAGAGUUUAUUAACCAAAAGAAACCUUCAGUUCACAUUUCUAAUUGCAACAUUGGAGGGGAAUGUAUAGUGCUUCCAAAUAACCUUGAGCAAUUGUGGAUCCGUCAGUGUAAAAGCAUGAAAAGCAGUCUAAACAAAACAGCUUUUCUAGAAAAGGCAACCGAGCUGAGUUCCUGUCAUAUUAAGGAUUGUGAAGAUAUGGAGUGCGUGCUUGACUUGGACUCAUCCUCCUGUGUAGCACUGGAUAAGCUUGAAAUGUUGGAUCUUAGGGAAUUGCCAAACUUGAGUGUACUUGUGAGAGUGGAAGGAGUAGCAACACCACCUUCAGUCUUUUCCAAUCUUAAAUCUCUUUCUAUAGAAAAUUGUUCAAGAAUAACGAAGUUGUUUCCAAUUGAGUUGCUGCAAGCCCUCCAAAACUUAGAGGAUAUUUGUGUUUAUGAAUGCCUGCAAAUGGAGGAGAUAAUAGCUUCAUCAGAUUCAAAUGCAUCAUCGGACAAAUUCACCUUUCCCAAGUUAUGCAGAUUCAUUUUGGGGAAUUUACCCCAAUUGAAGAGCAUCUGCAGUGCCAAAGGAUUUAUGGUUUGUGAUUCUAUUGAAGAAAUUUGGAUAAUCGGAUGUCCAGAGUUAAAAAGGAUGCCUGUGCAACUUCCCUUGCUUGAUAAUGGCCAACCAUCCCCUCCUCCUCGUCUCAGAGAAAUCAUCAUAGAUGAGUCAAAAGAAUGGUGGGAAUCAGUGGAGUGGGAUCAUAAGUACCUGCUUCAACCUUUCUUGAAACAUUGAGGGUAAGGUGUUCAUUGAUUAACUAUUCAAUUCUAAUUCUAUGAUGAUUUUGGUUCAUUUCUUAAUCUCAUGUGCUAUCUCCUUUAUUUAUUUGUUUUACAAUUUCAUUUCUUCCACUGAAAGGAAACAAUUUCUGCUGUUUCAUUCUUCGAGGUUGAAUUGGUUUUUUCAUUCAAUUUAUUAAUAAAUUUAUAAAUGGGUUCCUUCUGGCCUUCUGGGUAUGGUUAUUUUUGUUCAGAUUUUUGAGAAUUUGGUUGUUGGUUCUACCUUUAUAUUAGAGCAGCACAAUCCUUGCAAUCGGUUUUGCAUUGGAGUUUCCCACCUUAUUCAUCCUCAAUUUCAUCUGAGAUUAUCAACAUUUGGCCAAACUGGGUACCAUGGAAUCAAAUCUCUUUUAUCUAUUUUGGUAAUUCCAAAAUCUAUGGCAUAUUUUCUGAAAUGAUUUGUUUCUGUUAGGUUUUUUGGUGGCUGGUUUUUGUUUGUUUUAGGGAUUUCUUAUUCUCUUUUAUACUUAACUAAUAAAUUUAUUGAAUUGUU